AAACGCGGUUAAGUAAACCCGGCACUCCCUUGGGGAGCACACGAGCGAAUUCCUGGGCGUGUUCUUCACCUUUAUCAACGUUCAUCAACCAAGGUAGACAUGCGCUCCACCGGCACUCGUCCCAUCAAUCAGAGGUCCAAGGCAUCCAGGAUGGAGGGAUUGAACAGAAAAAGUAUUUUAAUUUACUCCCUUUUGCUUUUGCAAGAGGGAGUCAGGCCUGCAAUUGCUGCACGGACCCCCGGGCAUAAUAAUCCUCGUACUUUUAAAAUCGGCGGGGUUCUCUCUAAUAAUCAAAGCGAGGCCUAUUUCAACGACACCAUCGAUCACCUUAAUUUCAACGAUCAAUUCGUGAACAAGGGAGUCACGUUUUAUCACGUCGUCAUCGAGAUGGAUUCCAAUCCAAUUCGCACUGCGUUAAACGUCUGCAGAUUUUUAAUCGCCGAGGGAGUUUACGCGGUGGUUGUGUCUCAUCCUCUUACGGGAGACUUAUCACCGGCCGCUGUUUCAUACACGAGUGGAUUUUACCACAUACCAGUCAUUGGUAUCUCCUCCAGGGACUCUGCAUUUUCCGACAAAAACAUCCACGUGUCGUUUCUGCGAACGGUACCUCCAUACUCUCAUCAAGCCGAUGUGUGGAUUGAGUUGCUUAAGCAUUUCAACUACAUGAAAGUCAUUUUCAUACACAGCUCGGACACCGAUGGGCGAGCUCUGCUUGGCCGAUUCCAGACUACGUCUCAAAGUCUAGAAGACGACGUGGAGAUUAAAGUACAUGUUGAGUCUGUGAUUGAAUUUGAACCAGGUCUUACGAGUUUUACCGAACAAUUAAUGGAGAUGAAGAGUGCUCAAGCCAGAGUUUGUCUUAUGUACGCCAUAAAAUCAGAUGCAGAGGUAAUCUUUAGAGACGCUGCGGCCUUAAACAUGACUGGUGCUGGAUAUGUAUGGAUUGUAACCGAACAAGCUCUCCAAGCUCCAAAUGCACCGGAAGGUCUGCUAGGUUUGAAGCUAAUAAACGCUGUAGAUGAAAAAGCUCAUAUAAAGGACAGUCUGUACAUACUCGUGUCAGCAUUGCGAGUUAUGAAUGCAACGGAAGACAUUUCCGAAGCUCCAACGGAUUGCAAUGACUCCGGGUCCAUUUGGGAAACCGGAAAAAUACUUUUCGAUUACAUACGACGCCAAGUUCUAGAAACCGGUGCCACAGGUCGAGUCGCUUUUGACGACAAUGGCGACAGGAUUUUUGCAGAAUACGAUGUUGUUAAUAUUAAGGAUAGAGAGCCAGUGUCGGUUGGCCAAUAUUUUUACUCCGCUAACGCGAGCAAAAUGAAGUUAAAGUUGGACGAGGCGAACAUAACUUGGCCAGGACACUUACAGAAUAAGCCGGAGGGUUUUAUGAUCCCCACGCAUUUAAUGGUCCUAACAAUUGAGGAGAAACCGUUUGUAUAUGUACGCGAAGCUGCCAGCAUCGACGACUGCCUACCAGAAGAAGUUCCUUGCCCUCAUUUUAAUACCACAGAAACUAAUAAUACGGAAACAUACUGUUGUAAGGGUUACUGUGUCGAUUUACUCAAAGAAUUAUCAACGGUAAUCAACUUUACUUACAACCUGGCUCUAUCACCGGACGGUCAGUUUGGGAGCUACACGAUAAAAAACAGCUCAGGAGGAAAAAAAGAAUGGAGCGGCCUUGUAGGCGAGCUAGUGAACGAACGAGCAGAUAUGAUAGUGGCUCCUCUCACUAUAAACCCAGAACGUGCAGAAUUCAUCGAGUUCAGCAAACCAUUCAAGUACCAGGGCAUCACCAUCCUUGAAAAAAAACCUUCAAGAUCGUCGACAUUGGUGUCAUUUUUACAACCGUUCAGCAACACUCUCUGGAUCCUGGUGAUGGUGUCGGUGCACGUAGUGGCACUAGUUCUGUACCUCCUCGACCGGUUCUCGCCUUUCGGGAGGUUCAAGCUAGCCAACACUGACGGCACCGAGGAGGAUGCUCUCAACUUAUCCAGCGCGAUUUGGUUCGCCUGGGGAGUUCUGCUCAACAGUGGGAUCGGAGAAGGCACACCUCGAAGUUUUUCUGCACGGGUCCUGGGAAUGGUAUGGGCUGGCUUUGCAAUGAUCAUCGUGGCUUCGUACACUGCCAAUCUUGCUGCUUUCCUCGUGUUGGAACGACCCAAGACAAAAUUGACGGGAAUAAAUGAUGCGCGACUUAGGAACACCAUGGAAAACCUGACCUGCGCAACGGUGAAGGGAUCUGCCGUUGACAUGUACUUCCGAAGACAGGUGGAACUGUCCAACAUGUAUCGCACAAUGGAAGCUAAUAAUUACGACACUGCCGAAGACGCCAUACAUGACGUCAAAAUUGGAAAGCUGAUGGCAUUUAUUUGGGAUAGUUCACGUUUGGAGUUCGAAGCUGCUCAGGAUUGCGAGUUGGUCACAGCUGGCGAAUUAUUCGGUCGUUCCGGAUACGGAAUCGGAUUGCAAAAAGCAUCUCCUUGGGCCGACGCCGUAACUUUGGCCAUAUUGGACUUCCAUGAAAGCGGUUUCAUGGAAAGCCUCGACAACGAGUGGAUCCUUCAGGGGAACAUUCAACAGUGCGAGCAAUUCGAAAAGACUCCAAACACUCUUGGCUUGAAAAACAUGGCUGGGGUCUUUAUUCUCGUCGGAGCCGGCAUAGUCGGCGGAAUAGGGUUGAUCAUAAUCGAAAUGGCGUACAAAAAACACCAAAUUCGAAAACAGAAGAAAUUGGAGCUGGCGAGGCAUGCGGCCGACAAAUGGCGAGGUGCGAUCGAGAAACGCAAAACCUUGCGUGCCUCGAUAGCGGCACAGCGAAGACUUCAAAGUAAUGGUUUAAAUGACCCAGCGACCGUAAGUUUGGCAGUAGAUUCGGUUCCUAGGUCUAGUCUGACACCCCGUAGUCCGGGAAGAGCCUGGCCAGGUGACAGUGACAUCCGUCAACGACCACUGUCACGUUCGGAGGACAUACGACUGUCACCUGCGGCCUACACCGCAGACGUCUCCCAUCUCAUAGUCUAGAUAGUAGAUAUUUUAUAAAUAAUAUUUCUCGGUUACGUAUGCAGUCGCGACAAGGCGACACGGAGAGAAUUCUUUACCCCUCACUCCAUCGUCCAACUCGUACUAAUAAACGCGUAAAGAAGGAACAAAAGUCUGGUUUUUAUCCCAAGUAAUUUUGUAUAAAACGUUCGAGUAAAAAGUCUUAUCUCAUUAGAAUUUGCGUUUCUUACGAGAAGAGGGAACGCGAAUUUUGAAGAGACUCAAGUGGUUAAAUUGAAAUUUUGUAACGAGUUAUGGGUGAGCAUUUGGGGUAAAGCAUUCUAUCCUGGUUUGAUUUCAAAGUUCAUCCUGUCGAAGGGAUUUUACCGAUGCAGUAUUAUGAGAGUUUGUUAUGCGUAAACUUGAUCGGAAGCGUUAUGUCAUAGAAUUAAGGCGUGGGAAAUUGUUAUAACGUGUUUAAAUUCUAAGGUAGUAAAUGAUGCGGUAUUUACGCUGAUCGGCGAAGAUAUACGAAAAUUCGCUACAAUAGUAAAGCUUCGGGA